CACAACUGAGAAUCGUCUUUGGAAUUUCCUUCAGCGAUCGUCAAAUACGUCCACGUUUUAUCUAAUUCUUGAGACAUUAUCUUAGAAAUAACUUGAGCGCCUGCUAAUAGUGGCAUUGAAGUCCUGAUAUUUCACACCGGACUUACUGCCUACCGCUUACUUACAGAAUGACUGAGCCGGAAGAUCUCGAUGAGGAUCUCUUUGCCGAUCUGUAUGACGGGGAAGAUGUGCCUUCUAAACCAACCCAACAGGCUCCUCGUCCUAUUGAGCCCGAGCCCGAACUCCCUAGUACCGGGCCUCUACCUGUUAAUCUAGCGCAUGAAUCUAAACAAGAACCAGUUCAGCCAGAGCAAUUUGGGAGGCCGGACGACAGCGAGCCUUCGCAUAGUGGGCAAUUCGAGGGAAGUGGAGAACUUGGACAGGCUGAAGCCAGUAGAGCUCCUGCUGCUGAGCAUCCGCCAUCCCAUGGACCGGGAAUUAAGGAAGACGGGUAAGUUUUGUACAGUUUGUUUGUUUCGUUUUAUCCUCUCGCAUUUCGUUGUAUGAAAUGGAUUCAGUGAAAUCUUGGAGGGCUGGAGAUCCGAAAUGGAGGCAUUUCGAUGGCUAUUCUACCACAUAU